UUUAGCAGUGAGCGCGUCAAGUUUGCCUCGAGUCUUCAAGUAUUUUAAGACAAAAUAAUAACUUCAGCAAUGAUAUGAAACUAUAAAGUGGCAAACCAGACAAACAAAUAAACUUAAAGAAAUCGGAGCAAUAACAAUUCAUAUAAACAACAUGCACGUGUAUUACAAAUUCGGAUUACUUCUAAUAUUUUUGCUGAGCGUCAGCAUAAGUCAUACGAAUAGUGCGCCCACAGAUAAGACAGUUGGCAGCAGUGUUAGCAACAAUGCCGGCGAAGAUUAUGAUGACUAUAAUGAUGAUGAGUAUGUGGGUAAUGAAGAUGUUGCUUUCAAGCCGAAUACUUUUGACAUAACUACGAAACUAACAAAUGGACCAAUUACAUCAUCAACAUCAACAACAACAUAUCGUCCUAUUUUCAGCAUUCCCCGUCGCAGCAGCCAUAUUUUGGAUCCCAGCUGCCCGCGCAACUGCCUCUGCUUGGAGGAUUUCAAGUUCAUACAAUGCACUAAUGCCCAGCUGACUCAAGUGCCCCUUGAUCUGCCCAAAAUGGCAGCCAUCAUUGAUUUAAGCCAUAAUUCUAUUAGCGAGCUGCGUGCUGAGGAUUUUGCCAACAUGUCUAAAGUAGUUGAAAUCAACUUGAAUCACAAUUUGAUCAAACGACUUGACAAGGAGGCAUUUGUGGGCUUAACACGUUUGCGCCGCCUGCGUCUGGCCAACAACCAUUUGAAUAAAAUUGACCCGGAUACUUUUGCGGACGCCACAGAUUUGGCAUUGUUGGAUCUAAGCAACAAUACCAUUGCACAGCGCACUGAUGGCUCUAUACUGAAUCAGCCAAGCUUAACUGAUUUUAGCUGCUCCAACUGCAGCUGGACAGAAUUGCCUGAGCAAAUUUUCAUGAACAUGAGUGCAUUGAAUUCGCUGCGCUUGGAUCACAAUGAUUUCAAACGACAAAUCAAUACACGGGCUUUCACGCCGCUAAAAUAUAUAAUUAAACUAAAACUGCCCGAGCUGGAACAGGAGAAUAUUGAAGAGCUGUGCAAUUUGUUGAAAUCCAUCGACAACAUUAGCUUCAAGCACUUUGAUGUUAGUUGCUUUGAACUCGUGCUGGGCACAUCGUUCAACGAGAGCCUCAUCACAGCCACAGAUCCGCCAUUUAAACGCGUAACCGGCCUGCCUAGCACUGUUAAACCAGCUGCUGUCACUCCCCCGCGUUCAGCUAAUCGCAAUCGCAACAGCAAAAUGUCCAAUGAAACUGUGGUCAAAGCUGGCGUCAUGACUGAGAGCCUAGGCACAACGAAUGCCAACAAAACCUCGGGCAAGGAGGAGCCCUACCAAGUGCCCAUCUCACAGGAUACUAUCAACAUAUUGCUCUUCUGCAUUAUGGGCGUUGCUGUGGUGGGCAUUAUAAUUGGACUUAUUUUCCGCAAAGAUGUGGGUGGUAUUAAAACCAAAUGCUGUCGCACCAGCAAGCCAAAGGAGCCAAUGGAUCAGAUACAUCCCACUGAGGAAAUACCGUUAAAUAAGUUAGCCUAAUUGACGCAAGCACAGACACUUCCAACUUGACUACAUUAUAGCGAACAAAUUCCAUUUGCCAAUCGAUACACACACACACACACUUAUAGACAGAGAGACUUUAAACAGCUCUUUCCAUUCUACUACCAAAAUUUAUAACUAGGCAUUUUUUAGCUGAUAGUUAUCUAGUUUAAGUACGCCUAGUCGCAUAGCACUUGUGUUUAUUAUAGUUGACAUACUUUAGAUUAAGUCGCUCACAUGCUGUGUUGGAUAAAAAGCAUAAUUUAAUGGUUACACAGACAUACACAACACACACAGUCACAACACAUACACCCUAAUUGUUAGCUAUUAGACUGCGCUGUACUCUCUCAGUAUAGAGAUUUUGCCAAUUAUACAAUAAAAGCAGAAAUAUUGUAAAUAGUUUAA